UUUCAACUCUGAUAAAGGGAAGAGAGAGAAUCAGAGAACCCAUUUGGUGACUAGUGUGUAGAGAAAGAAGAACGAAACCCGGAAAAGGAAAUCCAUUUUUCUUUCCUGUAUCAGUAAUUAUCAAAAAAAGCAUUCUAAAUUGGAUUUGUUUCCUUACUUUGCUUACCUCUUCCGUUUCUGUGGCACUCUAUUAUGAUGGAAUGUUAUUUAUAGAUUGCAGAAAAGGGAGAAAGAGACCCUUAUUGUGAAGAAAGAAAAAUCUAAUUUUGUUUGGAGAUACAGAAGAUUGAGAGAGGUUAGGUAGAGAGUGACAGAUAAAUUGUAUUUAUUUUGUUGGGUUUUUGUAAAUUGUUCUUGUUGGGUUUAAUUUUCAUGGCUGCUGUUGCGGAGAAUGCGAUCGGUUCGGAUGAUCAGUUCAUCCAUCGUCGCCCUUCUCCAACUACUACUGCUGUUCAUUCUGCUGGUGAUGUUACCCCAGUUUCUUCUACUCCGAACUCUGAUUCCAAAUCUGAGUUUCAGAGCGAUGUGCGCAAGCUGGUUGAUUUGCUCUCCAAAUUGAAUCCGUCGGCGAAGGAGUUUUUCCCAUCUUCUUAUUCGCCCGAUCGUCAAUCACAGUCACAGUCUCCGCCAAGUUUUUUUAAUGGGGCUAAUAAGGACUUGGCAAACAACGGGUCUGCAAUUUAUCGAAGGAAGAGGAAUAAUUUCAAUCAGGGAAGGAGGAGGUUGAAUGGGAGAGCCCUUAGAGCUCAAAGAGAAGAUAGCAUUAGGCGAACUGUAUAUGUUUCUGACAUCGAUCAGCAUGUCACUGAAGAGCGGCUUGCUGCAUUGUUCAUUAACUGUGGACAAGUAGUUGAUUGUCGUGUUUGUGGUGAUCCUCAUUCAGUUCUUCGGUUUGCAUUUAUAGAGUUUGCUGAUGAGCAAGGUGCAAGAGCAGCUCUCAACCUUGGUGGGACCAUGCUGGGUUACUAUCCCGUCAGAGUUUUACCUUCAAAAACUGCUAUCUUGCCUGUGAACCCUACAUUCCUUCCCAGGUCUGAAGAUGAACGGGAGAUGUGUGCUAGGACAAUCUAUUGUACAAAUAUUGAUAAGAAGGUUACUCAAAAUGAUGUAAAAGUUUUCUUUGAAACAAUCUGUGGUGAGGUUUCUCGCCUGAGGCUCUUGGGAGAUAAUGUGCAUUCAACGCGUAUAGCAUUUGUCGAGUUUGCCAUGGCAGAAAGCGCCAUUAUUGCACUGAACUGCAGUGGGAUGAUAUUGGGAAGCCUUCCGGUUAGGGUAAGCCCUUCCAAAACACCAGUGAGGCCUCGAGUUCCGCGCAUAACCGUGCACUGACUAGUCUAAGAACCAUGAAGCGAUGUCAUUGGUUUUUGUUCCCUGUUGAGAGAAACCAUGUUGUGUUGAAGGGGUGGUGAAACUUUGUAGUUUCAGUAUGUAACCAUCUUUUCGUGGCAACAUUUUCUUCAUCUGAACGUUGGUGGCCUGAUCUUCAGGCUUUCAUAGAAUCGGCUCAUUCAUAGCUUUAUUUACCUUAUGGGUGUUUUUUCCUGUCAUUACUAGCAAACAGUAAGCAACAAAACUAGCUUGCUGAUACAUCUGUGUAGGUUCAAGUUCAAGCACCAUUGCAUAUAAAUCCAAUGGUGUAAUGUUGGUUUUGACAAAUAUCAAAUGCAUUCUCACCCACCCAUACACCAUUGUCCAUUGCUGAUUGUGAUGCUGUGGUAGAUGAACAUGCACUGGCAUGGUUAUGUAGGAAAAGGUUCUAAUGUUCUGUAACAAUGCCUUAAAACUUUUCUUGCACUAAUUGUUAUGCAUGGAUGGAACUGUUUUAAGUGUCAA